AUGGUUGACAAAGAUCCCACCCCCGAGCAAGAGGCCGCUGCCCGCGCCAAGGAAGCUGAGGAACAGGCCGCCCUGCCCUACAAAUGGACUCAGCUGAUCGACGAGCUCGACAUCACCAUCAGCGUCCCCGGUAACCUGAAGAGCCGGGACCUCGUCGUCGACAUCAAGAAGCAGAAGCUGAAAGUAGGGAUCAAGGGACAGGAGCCUAUCAUAAAUGGCGACCUCCCACACCCCGUCCACGUCGACGACAGCACCUGGACCCUGACCUCCGCCCCCGACGGCACCAAGACGAUCGAGAUCCACCUCGACAAGGUGAACAAGAUGGAGUGGUGGGCACACGUCGUCACCGACGCCCCCAAAAUCGACGUGACCAAGAUCCAGCCCGAUAACAGCAAGCUGUCGGACCUGGACGGCGAGACGAGGGGUAUGGUCGAGAAGAUGAUGUUUGACCAGCGCCAGAAGGAGCAAGGGCUCCCCACGAGCGACGAACAGAAAAAGGCGGAUAUUUUGAAGAAGUUCCAAGCUCAGCACCCGGAGAUGGACUUUAGCAAUGCCAAGAUGAGUUAG